UUAUAUUUUUUUCAAUUAAUCGUAAACAAAUAUUUUUUAAAAUAUUUUAGAAAAAUGGAAAAUAAAAAAUUAACAGAUUCAUUAUACGCAACAAUUUCAAACACAGAAUUAACAAUUUCAAAUGAAUUAAAAAAAGAAGGAACUUUGCAAGAUUCUCAAGAUUGUUUAGAAGAAGAAAAUUUGCUUCAUUCACUUCCCUGUCAUAUUGAAUUUACUGGACCUGCCCCAGUUUCUGUUUACUUCAAUAAAGAAAAUUUACAUCAUGAGAAUGUGAGGGCAGCUUCAUUUCGAGGGCAUAUGCUUUUGAAUAAACUUGUGAAGGUUCCGGAAGGUUAUGAAAUUUAUACAAUGAGUGAGUCGGUUGCAGAAACUAAAGAUGAUUAUGAAAUUAAAACGUUUCAACUAAAAGGGUCUUGCAAAUCAAUGAAUUUUUGGGAGAAGGAUGAAAUGCCUGAAGGUCCAAAUAAAAUUGAAGAUGCUCUAACUUGUAUUUUUAUUGCUGAAAAUCUUUCAAAUUAA